GGCUGAAACCAUCAUCAUCAUCAGUUGAGUAUCAGUGAACGAACGAAACACCAUGAAACUUCUCCUUGCCCUUCUGUCGACGCUGAGCGUGGCGAUGGUGUUUGCACUGCCCGCCCAUCAUCACUCCAGGGGUGGCGUUGGAUCGUCCGCCAAUAGUACUGGCCAAAGCUACAACAACUCUGCCGGCGUGCCUGGCUUUGGGUUCAAUUCGCAAUCAAACGUUCCUGGAUUUGGAAAUGGCCAACAACCGGGACAGCAGCAGCAAGGACAGCAAGGCCAGGGAUUCCCAUUCUUCGGUCAGGGGCAGAGUGGCUUCCCCACCUUCGGAAAUAGACAACCGUUCUUCGGGCAGAGUCAGCAGGGUCAGGAUGGAAAUGGUCAGCAAGGACGAGGCAUUCCGUUCUUCGGACAGGGAGGCGGUCAGGCCGGUAUUCCGAGCUUUGGAAGCGGACAACAGAAUGGAGGUAUUCCAUUCCUCGGCAACGGACAGGGACAGAGCGGAUUCCCGAGCUUCGGAAACGGUCAACAGGGUGGCAACUUCCCGUUCUUCGCUUAAAGUGCUCGUCUAAGCUAAAUAUUAUUGAAAAUUGAAGAUGGAACAUCGAUAGAGCAACCAAAUUUGUGAAACAUUUUCAGCUUUUACAUCGAAUAUAAAUAUCAGGUGACUAAAAUAAGUGUAGUGUAUUGGAAUGAGAAAUUUAUUUAAUUAUUAUGCAUGAUAAAAUUGGUUUGUCUAACCAGCUGUAGAGUCAUUCUCUGGAUCCAAGUAGGCACUGUAUCGAUUCUGUAUUGGUUUAUUCGGAAUAAAUUACGGAUGCGCUGGAUCCGUUUCGGUUCUGAAUCCGUUCCAGCAUUGGAUUUAAUGCAGGAUCUGGAUGGUUUCGGUCCUGAUGGCAUCCCGGCAGUGAUCCUGAAAA